GCCCCUCCCUUCUUCUAUCGCGAUGGUCGACGAUCUGGAGCUCAAGCAGAAGAAGGCCGCCAAGAAGGCCGCCAAAGAAGCAGCUGCGGCGGCGGCGGCGGCGGAGGCCGAGGCGGCCGAGCCGGAGGCCGAGGCCGCGGACGCGAAGGCGGCGAGGAAGGCCGCGAAGAAGGCAGCGAAGGAGGCCGCGGCCGCGGCGGAGGCCGGCGACGCCAUGGAGGUCGAGGCCGACGACGCCGAGGCCCAGAAGGCCGCCAAGAAGGCCGCCAAGAAGGCGGCGAAGGCGGCCGCGGCCGCGGCGGAGGCCGCCGCGGAGGAGGAGGAGGGGGCCGACGAGGACCAGAAGAAGGCCGCCAAGAAGGCCGCGAAGAAGGCGGCGAAGGCGGCCGCGGCGGCUGAGGAGGCGGCGCCCGAGGCGAAGAAGAAAAAGCGGGCCAAGGCCGACGCAGAGGAGGACGAGGAGGAGGAGGAGGAGGAGGCGCCGAAGGCCAAGAAGGCCAAGGCGGCCAAGGGCGACGACGACGAUGCUGGGGAGGCCAGCAAGUCCUUCAAGGUCUUCGUUCGGGGCCUCCCCUUCUCCGCCACCGAGGAGGCCUUGCGCAAGGACUUCGCGGAGUGCGGCGAGGUGACCGACUUCCACAUGCCCUUGAACGAGGAGGGAAAGCCCAGGGGCUUCGUCUUCAUCACCUACGCCUCGAAGGAGGGCCUCGACGCGGCGCUCAAGUUCGACGGCACAGACUACGGCGGCAGGACUAUCAACGUGUCUGAGGCGGCUGAGAAGGGCAAGGGCAAAGGCAAGGACGGCGGCAAGGGCAAGGACGGCGGCAAGG